UUAGUUAUAUUGUCUAAACAUUUGCUCAUUCAAUUAUCGGUUCCAUAAGUUAAGAAAAGUACGACGUAUUUCAGAAGUUGAGGUUACCGUGCAUGAAUUUCGUUUCAAAAAGAACCGCUUGAAAAAGGGAAGCGCUUUGGAUGCGCAGUGCGAAAAUUCAAUGGUUCCGCCUCAACUUCAGAAAAACCCUUUGAAUUAUUUUAACAUGUUCAACGUAUUCUGUAUGCAGUUUGGUAUUUGAGUUUAGUUUAAUGUGAUUUUUUCCAUUCUGUCUGUUAUGCGAUAGAGAGCGAGAGAGAAAGUGAAAAGUCGUGCCGUCGGGAAACGUGAUAAUUUCAAGCAAACUCACGACUAGUCAUUGAUCGGUCGGGAGACGCCAAGCGCUGCGACGCCCUCUCCUUUUCUUAACCCCAGCGUCCCCACCUGCCCUGUUCACAACCGUAUCAGACAUUUAAGCGUCACGUUGGAAACGCGCCUCCCUCUUUCUCUUGCUCUCUCCUUCCUCCCACUUUGUUCUUCUCUCCUUCGCUGUUUUUCGUGAUUCGUUCAUCGACUCCAGGCAUCUCCGCGAUAAAUUCGAGCUGCUCAGUGAUACGGAACUGUACUAUACGUCGACGUUUUGGUUUGACUGAUUUUUCCAGAGGGAAAAGUGCCAUGGUGGUUAUGCAGUUGUUUCGUACUACAUUCAUGAUCCGACCAGGUGAGUAGGAAUUAAGCAAGUGGACAGUCGAUACAGUGCUUUCACAAUCAAAAUGUGCCGUGAUCCGUUACAACGCGUGAAGAAAAAAGUGGACGACGAGGCUUGACCAUUUCGCGGAAUCUCCUUGUCACAAUGGUGGAAUUAGUAUGAGCGAAGAUCUAGUUAACGUGAGUACUUCCCGUUGCUCAUUGAAUUGCUUUAUAUGAAUGAGGGAGGCGGUGAACGACCGUUUCUAGGUCAGACCAGAGUUCCAUGAGUGCUUAAUUGAUCGUUUUUCGGAGGGAUUUGAACAACGAGGCAAGAAAAAGUGGAACGACGAGGCUAACUUUUCCUUGAGGUCGAAUUUCGAACUGCAAAACUGUUUCUACGAAAUUCGGGUCGAACGUGUUGUCGAUCGGGCUGGACCGAAUUAGGUCAGUAGGAUAGCACGGCAACAGCAGUGGCCAGCUUUUCCGCACAGAGGACAUCAAUCGAGAAAGAACAAAGGCACGAUCUAUGGUUUUGUGAACGUUCAAGGAAGAUAUUCGUUGGACAUGUUUUGUUUCCAAACUCCUUUUACACGCGCUUCUCGCGUGUUGGUAUCUCCUCUGUCUUCCAGCAAGGGGAAAACCACCUCUAUGAGCAUGAUUCUGCCGAUGAGUAAAUCGUCUUCAGCUUCUAAAUGCGACAGACGAGGUUCUGAGGCGACCAGCGAAGAUUCUGGCUCGUCUAUCAGAUACAUCGAUCAGGAACCCUCGAUUUCGGCGAGCAGCAGUACAGAUACGCUUCCUGAUAUAAAAGCAGAUUACUUAGAUCCGGAGUCUCUGUCGCCAGGACCAGACUCUUUAACUGCGCCUACCGCGAUUGUUUCCAACGGCGUGAAUGAAGAGAUUGAUUACAAGAAACUGUUGGAAGACAAAGAUCAAAAUUAUCCAUUGUCAUCCUCUACGAAAGCAUCUCCUAAGAAAAAGUUCUACAGCAACAGACGUUGCAGAAAACUGCUCCUGCGACUUAGGUCAAACGAGUCUUCCAGCUCCAGCAACAAAGAAGCUUGUUCUGUCACAUCUCACUCCCCGGCGAGCGAUUCCAUCGAUACUGAAUCUCCCGGAUCUUCUAGAGAUCGUGAGAACGAAUACAAAACCGGAAAUACCGCAACCCUGUUGACGAAAUCUUCGCCAUCAGUUCUUAUCGAUUCCGUGGAACCUGAGGAAUCUCUCAAGAAUUGUCGAGCGACUUCAGAGAAUGAUAUAUCCUCGUUACAGAACACCUUCAGCGAAUUGCAGAAGGAGAAUAUUUAUCAAGAGACAGAAACGGAGACGGAGGAGGGAUCAUCGUUGCCGUUGAGCCCGGCGGGCCCAUCGGCUACCGGUCUAUCUUCUUCAACUGUACCCUACUACAACUUCUUAUGUGUGAAUGGCGGAGCAAUGCGUCAGGAGAUGACCAGUACCAGUUCCCCACAGCUUUCCUUGGGUAGCAACAUCAGAUCCAGCGCGGAAUCAACUGAUAUCUGUAGUUCCGAAAAGAACUGUCGGAUGGACACCUUGAAGCCAGAGGGCUUGGAGACUUCGUUUUGUUUACCAGCCGCCAGAUCGUGUCCGAAUCUAGAACGACAAAGUGCUGGUUGUUCACCAAUUAGCGGAUCCUCUAGUUCUAGUCUCAGUCCCGGGCCUGUUGGGCCUAGGUUUAAACCCGUAGAAGAAGGGGAUAUCCAGGUGUGCUUCUUGAACCAUACGAAAACUUUGGUGAGAAAGAUACUCUCCAGCAAGUUCUUGAGAAGAUGGGAAACGCAUCAUCUUUAUUUGAACGACACCUGUAUUUCUUCUAAAACGAAUAUCGAUAGUUUCGUGCUCACCGACGGAAGUGUUGUUUCGUGCAUUAGCCGCUGUCUUCUCAAUAUUAAAAGUAGUUCGAAAUUGAUAAUUACGGGUCACACUUACAAUUGACGCAAGAGAUAUUCCAAAUGUGAUAGGUCAGACCGACAGUGAUAUCAUGUUAAUUUAAUCCACCAGUUUCAUCAGAUUUCAAGUUCAUUUUAAAACUUGAAUCUCAAUUUUCACUAGAGUUUUAGC